AUGCCCGGCCAAUCCCACAGCCGGGACCGACGAGAUCGCGACCGCCGCCGUGAAUACAUCCGCGGCCACUACGAAGAAGACGAAGGCGCAACGUCCAGUCCCGCCUAUCGUUUCCGCGAGACCGAGUACGAGUCAAACUCGCAUGAUAAUCUAGAGCGCGAUGAGUACGAGGAAGAGCGUGCGCAGCGCCGGGAACGGAGGCGCAGACGGCGCGAGGAAGAGGGGGCGCUUGCGUAUGGCUCGCCUGGGAGGCGGAGAGAUAGAGAUCGGGAAAGGGAACGGGAAAGGAGGGGUUCCAGGGCGAGGGAGUCGCCGGGAUCACCUGUGAAACGGCAUAGGGAUCGCGAUGCGGGAAGGGGGUAUCGGAGGGAGGGAAGUGGGAGUCCGAUGCGAGAACGACGGACUCGGGAUGGCGAGACGGAUGCUGAGGUGGAGGCGCGGAGGAGGAGGCGGCGGGAACGUGAGCGCCAACGAGAGCGAGAGCGAGAGCGCGAACUAGAUGCUAUUGCUGCUGCGCCGGCGAGGAAAAAGAAACAUCGCAGUACCGAGUCUUCGAAUAGUGCUUCACAUCUUCUGAGCGCCGAUGCGAUGGCGCGGCUUGCUGCUGAGCAGGAGGAAAUGGAGCGCCGUGAACAGGCUCGCGAGGCGGAUGAGAUACGUCGGGAACGCAGGCGGGAGCGGAAACGCGCUGCGAUGGCUGCGGCUGCUGGUGGUGAGCUUGGUGGUGAGGUCUUGAAGGGUCGGUCGAGGCAUAAUGCGGGCGCUCGGGUUGUGUCUGGUGCGCAUCUGGAGGAAGGGUAUAGCUCUGAUGCUCGUGUUCGUCGGCGCGGCGGUGGUGGGCCGGUUAUGGCGGAGCAUUGGAAGGAGGAGGAUAGCUGGGAGGGGAGCUAUGAGAGUGGGGGAGCACCGGCUUGGAAGUUCUGGGCCAAUUGGUCUAGGAAAAGGUGUAUCAUUAUGGCGUGUCUGUUGGCUGUGGCUCUGUUGUUGGCUAUUAUCAUUCCGGUUGCUGUCGUUGUGUCCAAGAAGAAAGGUUCAGAUUCGAACUCGAAGAGUUCGAGUACGAGCUCCUCUUCGGAUGAUCCUACAUCUAACCUGGAUGAUAUCAGCCGUGAUAGCAUUCCCAGCUACGCCAAAGGCACAGUCUUGGACCCAUUCUCCUGGUACGAGACAACCGGCUUCAACCUAACCUUCACCAACGCCACAGUGGGUGGACUCUCCCUCAUGGGCAUCGACUCAGCAUGGGAUGACUCAACAAGACCCAACGACGAUGUCCCCCCUCUCAACGAACCAUUCCCGUACGGGAGCCGACCCAUUCGCGGCGUGAAUCUAGGAGGAUGGCUCUCCAUCGAGCCAUUCAUUACCCCCUCCCUAUUCACAAGGUGGGGCUCAAAGGACGGGGUAAUCGACGAGUACACCUUGACAAAGAAGCUCGGAAGCUCUUCAGCCGCCCGUACCCUCGAAAAACACUACGCCACCUUCAUCACCGAAUCCGACAUAAAGGAAAUCCGGGACGCAGGCCUAGACCACGUCCGAAUCCCCUACUCCUACUGGGCCGUAAAGACCUACGAAGGCGACCCCUACGUCCCCAAGAUUGCCUGGCGGUACCUCCUGCGCACGAUCGAAUGGUGUCGGAAGUACGGACUACGGAUAAAACUCGACCUCCACGGCGUCCCAGGCAGUCAAAACGGAUGGAACCACAGUGGUCGGCAGGGGAGCAUCAACUGGUUAGCCGGGUCCGACGGUGACCUCAACCGUAAACGGUCAUUAGAGAUCCACGACCAACUAUCCCAGUUCUUUGCGCAGGAUCGGUACAAGAACGUCGUGACGAUCUACGGCCUAGCCAACGAACCGUUGAUGCUCUCCCUGCCCGUGGAGAAGGUGCUAGACUGGACGGACGAAGCAGCAAAGCUCGUCCGCAAGAACGGUAUCACUGCUACGAUUGUUCUCCAUGACGGCUUCUUGAACUUGAACAAGUGGGAUAAUAUGUUCAAAAGCCAUCCGGACAAUAUGUACCUCGAUACCCACCAGUAUACCACCUUCAACACGGCCGAGAUCGCCUUGAACCAUACGGCGAAGGUGGACAAAAUCUGCAAUAGUUGGUACCCAAUGCUGAAGGAGAUCAACACCACGACUUCGGGCUGGGGACCGACUAUUUGCGGUGAAUGGUCGCAGGCGGAUACGGACUGCGCGCAGUUUGUUAACAAUGUUGGUCGCGGCACUCGCUGGGAGGGCACGUACGAUACAAGCACCGACACAUUGAAGGCGUACUGUCCCACUGCCAGUCAGGGGACUUGCAGCUGCGCGGAUGCCAAUAUGGAUCCGUCGAAGUAUUCGGAUCAUUACAAGAAGUUCUUGCAGACUUAUGCUGAAGCGCAGAUGUCCGCCUUCGAGACUGCAAUGGGGUGGUUCUAUUGGACCUGGCGGACGGAGUCGGCGGCGCAGUGGAGUUAUCGCACUGCGUGGAAGAAUGGCUACAUGCCUGAAAAGGCUUAUUCACCUGCCUUCAAGUGUGGAGACAAGCUCCCUGACUUCUCCGACGCGGUGGAGAGUUACUGA